ACAUUUCCGUGGAUUAGUAGCGAGACACGAAAAUGAAGCCGAGGAGGCAACAGGCGCUGCUGCUGUGGCUGCUGCUCAGCUCCUGUGUGUUGACCGAGGCCAUCGAGCCCAUCAGCACCACCCUCGCUGUUGUCGGCGGGGUUGCGGCCAUGGCGAAGUUCUAUAUAAACUGGAAGAAUUCCGAGUGCUGUCAACCUGCGUGGAUUUCGUUCAACAUGACAGGCCUCCAGGCAGACCUGGACAAUAAGCUGUUCGGCCAGCACAUCGCCUCACACAUCAUCUCAAAGGCCGUGAGUGGAUUCAUGUCCAAAAACAACCCAAAUAAGCCACUGGUGCUUUCUCUGCACGGGGGGACCGGCACGGGGAAGAACUUCAUCAGUAAGCUGAUCGCUGAAAACAUUUACAAGAAGGGAAUGCAAAGCAACUUUGUGCACAUGUUCUCGGCGACGGUUCACUUCCCACAUCAAAGUCAGCUCCUUCAGUACAGAUCUCAGCUACAGCAGUGGAUCAAAGGCAACAUCACCAAUUGUGAGCGUUCCAUGUUCAUCUUCGACGAGAUGGACAAAAUGCAUCCUGGCUUGAUCGACUGCAUUACACCGUACUUGGACUACCACGAAAACCUGGAUGGAGUUUCGUAUCGGAAAGCCAUCUUCAUCUUCCUCAGCAACGCUGGGGGAGACAGCAUCGCACAGACCACUCUGGAGUUCUGGAACGCAGGACAAAGCCGAGAAGAGAUUAAGCUCAAAGACCUGGAAACCGUGCUCUCGUUGUCGGUGUUUAACAACGAACAAAGUGGCUUCUUUAAAUCAAGUUUGAUCAAGAAGAGCGUGGUGGACUUCUUCGUCCCACUGCUGCCUCUGGAGUACAAACAUGUCGUCCAGUGCGCCAUGGCCGAGAUGAUGGCCAGAAAGAUGACGCCCAAAAAGCACGUAGCAGAAAUGAUGGCCAAAGAUUUAAACUACUACCCCAAACGGGAAAGAGUCUUCUCCGACAGAGGCUGCAAGACGAUAGCGAGCAAGUUGGACUUUUACUUAUAACAUCACUGUAAGAUCUCUGCCUUUUUGUCCCACAGCAACAACAACAGCAGUAGAGUUUCAGAGAUGUUGUUUUGUCUUAAAUCCACUGUUUGCAUUUAUGUGUAAUCUUUAUGGUUCACUGGAGAACACCUGCCUUGAUUCUUAUUUUAACGUCAGCGUUGUGGGUGAGGUCGUCUGCACUGCUGAGCUACAUGUCUCACUGUGUGAAUACAACAUGAGCUAAAUAUUGA